CACCUUAUAUAAGAAAUUUAUGCUGAAACAGUGUGCGAGUUAUGCCUUUCCUCAGGAAGCUCCUCUGGUGCUUAAAUGAUACACCCCACAUCAGUUUGUGCCAUAUCUUGUGCACCUUACAACAUUGAUCAGUGUAAAUUUACUGCUAGUUCUCCUGAAACACUCAUUGCUUGAACGCUGUGCUUCUGGUCCAUAGUUAUCCGUUUUUCACGUAACGUCUCCUAGAGUAAGAGGUAGUAACCGAUUAGGAACAUCGUAGAGCAGUGAGUUUAACACGACCCAUUAGAGUCGUGGGACAACUAAAUGUCAAGAUGCUGUGAGGAAGCGGGCCCCAGGAGCUGGGCUGAGGAUAUCUGCACAUACCGGGCAGCGCGAGGAUGUCAGAGCUUCAGCACAUUACGUGAAACGACAGUGCCAGAGAGGUACUCUCGGACCAACUAUGUGCCCUUCUGCGAUACGCGACACGCGCUGUUCCCUUACAACGAUUUCGUGGAUGGCAAGGGAACAGUCCGUGUGGACCCCACCAUCACAGCUGACCGCUAUGCGCGGCACGGCUGGGGCGACACCUCCCUGCUAAAAGAAGAAGGCUACUCGGGCUCACUGCACGCUCGCAGCAGCACACACAAACGUGGCAGGAGGAGACCCACAUCACCCCACAGCGCUGAUGGCCGCAACGGCUUGUUCGGCGUGUUGCAGAUGACGGAAGCAGGCUGCUCGGACGGCUGGAUCGGCCACCCCCUGGUGGAUCCGGGCAAGGGCAAGCGGCCGGUGGCAGCGCCCUCGGACCCCAAGGGACGCCGAGACCUGUUCGAUGUGCUACAUGUGCGGGCGCCUGGCAUGCCCGCUGACGACGCCUGGCUGGGCAACAAGCUGAUCGACCCCGCCAAGGGCCGCGCGCACCCGCCCGGCCCCGAGCAGCAGCGCGGCAGGCAGAACCUGACGGACGUGAUGGCCAUGAGCAUCAUGCAUGACCCCAGGCGUCUGGAACUACUGGCCAAGGGUGCAGACCCGCUUGGAGAUGCAUGGUGCGGCAACAAGCUGAUCGACCCCGCCCGCGGCAAGCGCAUCCUGCACAGCAGCCCAGCAACCAUGGAGCGCCUGCAUGGUUCCACAUUCCGCCCCGACGCCGUCGACGCCCUGACGGGCCUGCCGUACAGCGACGCGCCGCGCCGCCACGCGCAGCAGGUGCCGCCGCCGGUGCCCGACACCGCGGACGCCGUCAUUCGCGGCCAGGGCGGCGGCGGCGGCGACGAGCGAGGGCGACUAGGUAAGAAGCCCUUCCCGGACCUGCCGGCGCCCAACAAGUUUGACGGUCGGCGGGAUCUCUACGCGCACAUGCGGUUCAAGCCCUUGACGGAGGUGGAGCAGGUCAAGUAUUCGAGGGCGUUUGACGACCGGGGCACACGCGGGCGGAAGACGGUGCCCAUGCCGGGCGGGGACGACCCCUCCAAGGGACCCGACCUGCUGCACUGGCGCCCCGAGGUGCGGGUGGGGCAGUUUGUGCCGCAUGGCGGGUUGGCGCAGGAGGGGCGCGUCAAGGGAAGCACCCUGAGGGCGACGGGGAGUCGGUAGCGGCUGUCCUGGCUAGGUCGGGUUGUUGUAACGAGGGUUGGUGUCUGCAGGGGUUGUGCGGAGGGAGGUAAGGAGUCCGGGAUUGUGGGGACGCGCGCUGAUAGAAGAGCAUGUGAUGGGAGGCGGCAAUUGGGGUACGCUACCGGUUGUGGUACGCUGAAGGGUGGAUAACGUUGAGGGGACGCAGGGCGUGGGGCUGUGGAGCGCAAACACAGCUGUGAACGCUGUGGGCAUGUGUACGGAUUAGUGCGGCGUGUCUUAUUACCGUAAAUGCCGUGACUAGCAUGGGUGGAAAGCAUGGGUAAGUAAAGGGAGAGUAAACAACGGAUGUGUUUUUGGCAUGUAGCGUUGCCGCAGUAGGUUGUGAACGCAUCAUGCCCAGCUACCGCACUGUUAGGGGCUGGUGUUGUCCGUGCGUCCUGCCAUAGAGGCCGCUGCAACAUGUGUGCAUGUGUCUGGUGCGGAAGGCUAGCUGUUGAAGGGGGUAACGAUAGGGCGCAACUGUUAACCCGUAGUGAUUAUGAUAGUGUUGUCGUAUUGAAGUGUACGCUUCUGGAGAAGGGCGGCCGUGUUACCGUAGUAAGGGGCGUUCGGGUACACGUACAUGUCCUUGCAGAGCGGCAAUACCGGUAUACCGACACAGUACUUCCUGUCCUCCCUCCUGUAACAGUCCACAUCCG